AUGGAUCAACGGACAACGCCAACCUCCUCCUCCUCCUCUGCUAGUGCUAGUGCUGACGCUGUUCCUACCCGCACUCAUAGCCGGCCCACCCCACGGCGGACACCCUCUGAACUGUCCGCACUUUCCAAGAGCAUCCUCUCCCUCCACGACGACCUCUCCUUCUCCAACGACAAUACUAAUACCAACCACGUCCACUACGUCAACGAGGCCGACUCUAGCUCAGACCACUCCAGAAGUCACUCGACACGGGCAACUAUUCCGACAGUUUCGAAGGGUCAUCACCCCUCCUGUACGGAGACUCCUUUUUCGACCAUCAGCCGCUCCAACGACAGUUCCAAGAUCGACUGCACCAAGAGCAACUCCAAAACACACUCUCACCAACCUACGGCACAGAUCGACCUGCCUCGCAGCACACCGUCCAUUAUGAUCCCCCAGAUAACAACAACAGCACAACUUGUCAACUCUCGUCAGCCAACAGGACAAGGACAUUCGUCUGGAUCGAGCCCCAAGCUCAGCGACCGCAGCAGUGACUUGGAGCACCACAACAGGGAUAUGACUGAGGAUACAUUGAUCAUGCCACAGAUUAUCACAGGGAGUGAGCAGGAUUUGCCACAUAUCGGCACUGUUGACUCGGAUCGAGGUCGCCCCGCCAGGAAUGUGCUCUCGUCAUCCCCAACGGUUCUGGAGGUGAUGGGUCCUCUUCCACGAAUGAUAACACCCUCUCCUGUCCCCCUCCAUGCGCGUCUGUCCAAGAUUCAAAGAGAGGCCAAGAGGGGUGCGCGUGUGAUUGACAUGGAGACCAACGGAUCGUCGCAUCAUUAUGACUAUGAGGACGUUACAGACUCGAGCCAUGACUUUUCGAGCCGGCGGCACUCGGUCGCUGAAGAAGAUGUGUGCUAUCCAUUACCCGCCACCGAUCUGGAGAUCAAUUAUACCGCAUUGGAGGACUACAUUCGGCUGGAGCAGAUCAAGACUCAAAACAUGAUGGCAGCCGCAGAGAACGGGACACCUAAAGUAACCCCAGGGCCCCAGGCAAGGACCAAAAGCGCUACAGGCGGACUCUUAUCCAAACUCAGGGGGGCGUCCUUCACCAGUUCAACUCCACUCUCGGCCAAAUCAGCACAGGACUCGAAUUAUGGUUCAAUCCCAGGCAAAAACUUUGGAAUCCCUGAGCGAGGUUACAGUCUCUUUGGCGAGCGAGACAAGACUCAAGUCCCACUGGACGAUGCGUAUCGAUUCACACUCUACUCGACAGCAUCUGUUACUGUGCACGCGCAAACAUUGGGCGAGAUUCCUCCGAGGGGCCAGACCCUGUCCAAUAUGUUGCAGGCAGGAUAUUUUUGGCUGGAUGUCCUAGCACCCACUGACGAGGAGAUCCGCAUGCUCAGUCAGAUUUCAUUCUUUAUUUCACAGGUCUUUAGAGUACACCCCCUAACGACAGAGGAUAUCCUGAUGGAGGAAGGACGGGAAAAGUGUGAGAUGUUCCUUAACUACUACUUUGUCUGCUUCCGGACAUUUGUUCUCGACCCCAGCAGCCACAACUUUUUGAAUCCUAUGAGCAUAUAUACCCUUGUCUUCCCCGGGGGCAUCAUUUCUUAUCAUUUCCGACCGGUGCCGCAUUGUAGAAAUGUGAGAAAGAGAAUUCGACAUUUGAAAGACAGGAUAGAGGUGACACCAGACUGGAUCAACUAUGCGAUCAUCGACGACAUUGUAGACACGUUUGCACCGUUGAUCGGCGAAAUCGAGACAGAGGUCGACAUGAUUGACGAGCUGGUUCUUAUUCUGACGGAGUCGGAACAGUCGGACAUGUUGCGGAGAAUUGGUAAUUGCCGAAAGCGGGUCAUGAGUUUGCUCCGCCUGCUUACGGGAAAGGCCGAUGUCAUCAAGGGUUUGAUUAAGCGAUACGAGGGCCGCAUGGGGCGCAAGAAUAUGGGCGAGAUUGGACUAUUCAUGGGCGACAUCCAAGACCAUAUUAUCACGAUGCUGCAGAACUUGUCACACUGUGAAAAGAUCUUGUCCAGGUCACACUCGAACUACCUUGCCCAGAUCAACAUUGAGAUGACCUCUGCUUCCAACGAAACCAACGACGUUCUCACCAAGCUCACCGUCCUGGGAAGUAUUGUGUUGCCGAUGAAUUUGGUGACGGGUUUAUGGGGAAUGAACGUGCCUGUGCCGGGACAGGAGUCUGAGGAUCUGACGUGGUUCUUUUGGAUUGUCACGGCGAUAUUCAUUGCAGCGGGUUUGUUCCUGUUGAUCGCCCGCAAGAUUAAGCUCCUCUAG